GAAACGUCAGUUCCUCUCCUUAUUCCCCCUUCACUCACUCCCUCUCCUUGCACCAAAGAGGAGUAAGGUGAAGCGAGGGAGAGGGUGCAGUUUUGUUUUAACUGUGAAUUUACCCGCGGAGGUGAGAGAAGAGAUCGCGACUGGAGAAGAUGCACUUACCAGGAAUGCUGUGAUCUUGCUGGAGAGGAGAGGAGAAGACUGUGUGUGUGUGUGUCUGUAUCUGAGCGAGAGCAUUUCUUGUUCCUGCUUCUCGACUUUGUCCGAGGUUGGCUGACUGGCUUCGUGUGCUAAUUCCCUCCCACCUUCCAGAGAGGUUCCACAGUGUGUAUUGGCCACUGGUUGGCGUGAAGUAGCCAAGAAGGAAGAGCGUGAGGCAGGCAGGCCCAUGGACACCAUGAAUGAGCAGAGUGUUGACGAUGCGGGCUCCAGUGUGAGUGAGCUGUGCUACGAGUGUGGCCAGGCUCACAUGGUGCUGGAGAACCACCUGUACGACUACAAGGACGAGGUGGAUGACGAGCUGGUUUGUCACAUCUGCCUGCAGCCCCUCCUGCAGCCCCUCGACACGCCCUGCCAGCACACCUUCUGCUUCAAGUGCCUGGAGAACUUCCUGCAGGAGCAGGACUUCUGCCCCAUGGACCGCAAGAGGCUGCACUUCCAGCACUGCCGUCGCUCCAGCCUCCUGGUGCGCAACCUCCUCGACAAGCUGCCCGUUCAUUGCCCCUUCCGGCCCGACUGUGACAUGGUGAUGCAACGAUGUGAGCUCGACCCACACCUACACAACAGAUGUGUCGGUCUGACGAAGUAUCGGGCUAAGAUUGAGAACAAGCGGCAGCCGAGCUUGAAGGGAACGCAACAGAGCGCGGCUGAGGACACGACGUCAGCACCAGAGGAGUCGACGGCAGCGGAGGCUUCACUCCAAGCAGCUGAGCCCGGGCUUGUCAACCCCGCCUUCGAAGAAGACCAAGACGAAGACGACUUGCCGCGGCUGUCCAGCCUUCUGGCCGAGACGACCAUUGUUGAAAUUCAUCGGGCUGACCCUCAGGAGGAGCUGGGGAUCCAGGUAGUCGGUGGGAAGGACACACCACUGUGCAACAUUGUCAUUCAGGAGAUCCUUCGUGACAGCGUUGUUGCUCUCAAUGGGAAGCUUGCACCCGGAGACCACAUCACAGAGGUGAAUGGAGUAAACAUCACCAGCGUCCCGCACAGCUACGCCGUCAAUGUCCUGCGGAAGCCGUGCUCCGUCGUGCGCCUCUCCGUGCUCCAAGAGAGGGGUUUCGCCGUGCGAGGGUCGGCGCAGGAGAGAAGUGGCGGCGGCGGCGGCGGCGGCGGCAGCAAAGGCGUGCCGAGGCAGACUGUGCACGUGGCCUUGCACAAAAGAGACCGCAGCGAGCCGCUGGGCAUCAAACUCAUUCGCAAAGGAGACGAGGCUGGGGUGUUUAUCCUGGAUCUCCUGGCAGGCGGGUUGGCUGCUCGAGAUGGGAAGCUCCACAAUAAUGACAAGGUGCUUAUGAUAAACCAGCAGGACCUCGUCUCCGGCACCCCCGAGAUGGCAGCUCACAUCAUACAGUCUAGUGAGGGAGUGGUCAGCUUUACCGUCCAAAGGUGCCCCGACCAACAAAGCCCGGAGAUUAUUGAGGAAGCGGGCUCGAGCAACAGUAGCCCGUCGCGGCAGGGGAACAAGUCGCAGCAGCACCAUUGUCGCCGACGUUCUCACUACCAAAAGGAUUUAUCACAGGCUUCAAUGUGUGUCGAGAAAACAGUCCUGGUAAAAAAGGAACCUCGUGAUUCCCUGGGUAUAACAAUAUCAGGCGGCCGUGAAAAUAGGUACAAGGUUCCGAUAUAUGUGACCAGCAUCCAACCGGUCGGCUGCCUGUACAGGGACCGCAGAAUCAAGAGAGGAAAUGUGCUGCUGAAUAUCAAUGGGGUGGAUCUCACGCAGUUGAGUUACGGUGAAGCCGUCUCAGUUCUCAAGUUGAACGCAGCCUCGUCGACGGUGAUGCUGAAAGUGCUGGAGUUGCCCGAUUCAGAGGCGGGGUCAACAUCGGACGAGCUUUUGGAGGCGGGGAAGGAGAACAGUUACGACUGGUCACCAUUAUGGGUCAUGUGGCUAAGUUUACCAAGUUACCUUCACUGUUGUAAAGACAUUACUUUGUUUAAGAGCAACUCUGAAAGCUGGGGAUUCAGCAUUGUUGGGGGCUUCGAGGACAGCCAGGAAAACCAUCCUUUCUUCAUCAAAACCAUUGUACCCGGCACGCCAGCGUACUUUGAUGGUAGAUUAAAGUGUGGGGAUGAGAUCGUCGCUGUGAACGGUGUUUCUACAGCAGGCAUGAGCAACUCGGCUGUCAUCCCAAUGCUGAAAGAGCAGAGAAACAGAGUCACUCUCACGGUCGUAUCGUGGCCUGGGAGCUGUGUGUGAAAGUGGCAAGACCAAAAAAAUCAACACACGGUUUUAAUCAGGAAAGCGAGAGCAGCGGAAAUGACCAGAUCACCAAAGUGCAUUCGUCAACAUGUUUCAGCGGCAUGGUACCGGAUAUUUGAGAUUUUUAAAUCAAUUUAUAAAAGGCAGGAAAGGUGUCGGGGAUUGUGAAAAGCCCUGCCAUCAAUUUCUAAAUUCUUAACCAAAGUUUCCACACCAUGUUAUACAACUGCCACGUAUCUGGACUACACUGGGCACAGCUGUACAGCUCCCCAAAAUGGAAUCAUUCAUUAUCUGAUCUUGUUCCUGCCAAUUAAAAGCAUUUAGUCACAGA